CGCGUGAGCAUUGGGUGUCCGCGCGCGGGGCAUGAACUGAUCGAUCCGUCGUCCCUCCGAGGAAUCUGUGUUUCUUUUUUUUGUGUGCCUCUCUCUCGCGUCCUUUAUAGUUUUUCCUCUCUCUCCGACGCGUUUCUUCGACACGCCAAUUCGUAUAUACAUAUUUCCUUUCGGUUACUACGGGGUCCUCGGAGAAAGUACACACACGUGACCCCCGGCCGAUUCACCAAGUGUACCUCCCGAGGGGAGGAAUAGUAUACGAAAAACAAAAUUUUCGUACGAAAAGAUACAUAUCACGCUGGUUGUGCUGCUUCGAGAGUGGUACUACGAACGUUUCUCUCGGUGGUUUGUUGUACGGGCUAUACCGAAUAUAUCGUGUUGGCGACCCCCAAGAAGGAACAGUGGAGACGAACAAACUGAAGUGUUGAAACGGUGGUGUGUGUGCGCGGGUGAGAAGGAGACUGUGCGCGAUGGCAGUGGCUGCGGGGCCACACCGGCCACGCACGCUCCUCCUCGGUGGUAAACGCACUGCCGCCACCGCUUCCGGGAAUACCAUCAGAAUACGAACACUGCAUCCAACGGCGGUCUUCACAGGACUUCCGCUGAUCCUGGUGCUAGCCGGUGUCGCGCAGGUGGUCGGAAUCAGGCUGACCGAUGGCAGUGGAUGCGGCAGCAACAGCUUUAAGUGCCUCGAUGGCACCUGUAUACCGGCCUCCCUAGUGUGCAAUUAUCAAAAAGACUGCGAAAGCGCCGAAGAUGAAUUCCAGUCAUGCCCAUGGCCUGAGUGCCCACCUGGACAGAUCACCUGUGGCCAGUAUAUUUUCAAUAAGACUUAUUGUAUACCUCCCCAUCAACGAUGCGACAUAACUGUCGAUUGCGUCGAUGGCACCGACGAAGCUGGCUGCAUUUACAGGAAAUGCCAGCCGGAUGACUUCCGGUGCGGUGGCACGAACCCAGAGCUCUGUAUCCCAAAGGAGAAAGAGUGCGAUGGUUAUCUGGACUGUCGGAACGGUCGGGACGAGGAGAAGUGCGAAUACGCGAAGCCAGCCUGCAGGUUGGACCAGUUCAGGUGCAAUACCACGCACCGUUGUAUCGAAAAGUCAUCCAGAUGUAAUUACAAGGAUGAUUGUGGAGACAACAGCGACGAGGAGAAUUGCAGCUUCCCAGGGUGCUCCAUCAACCAAUUCAGAUGUGCCAAUGCCCUGUGCAUACCCAAAUCUUAUCACUGCGAUGGAUACAAGGACUGCGAAGAUGGUUCUGAUGAGAAGUCCUGUACUGUGACUGUGUGUCCUGGAAAUAAGUUCAUGUGCCCAAAGGGUGCACCAGAUGACAAACCUCUGUGUAUCGACCGUUCCCAGCUAUGCGAUGGGAAGUCUGACUGUGAAGAUGGCACCGACGAAGAAGCUGCUUGCUCAACGAGCAUGUGCAAUUUACUUAGAUGUCAGUACAAGUGUCAGGCUUCUCUCAUGGGAGGAGCUUGCUACUGUCCCGAGGGCAGGGUUCUAUCAAACGACUCAAGAACGUGUGUAGAUCGUGACGAGUGCUCGGAAUGGGGUUUCUGCGAGCAGCUGUGCAAGAACAUUGACGGGUCGUAUUUUUGCAGCUGCGCCCCGGGUUACAUGAUCGAGGGUCGGCACAAAUGUCGAGCAGUGGUGCACGCGGACAGCGUUGGUCUGGAGCUGUUGGUCGCACAGGAGCGUGCUGUGUACAGAAUGUCCCCAACCGGCGAAGACCGUAGCAUCGUGGUGAACGCGACUAGCGCUAGUGGGGUGGACUACCUCUAUUACAGGGAUCUGUUGUUCUGGAGUGACGUGAAGACCAGAAAGGUGCACUCACAGCCAUUGAAUGGCAAGGACACGGGCGCGAAUGUGGACAUCUCGUUGCCCAGUUCUUGGGGGCCAGUGGCGAUCGCCGUGGAUUGGAUAGGGGAGAAGCUGUACGUUGUGGACUCUGCUGUUCAGAAGAUCGACGUGUUCGAGUUGGAUGGAAGGUACCACGGCAUCGCUUUGGGCUCGAACUUAACUAAUCCAGCGGACAUUGGCCUGGACCCGACGGUGGGCUUGAUGUUCAUAGCAGACAGCAAGCAGGUCUUAAGGGCGAAUAUGGAUGGCACAUCAGCUUUUCCAGUUAUCUCCGAGGCAGCUUACAAGGUAUCUGGCGUAGCGGUGGACAUAAUCGCAAGGAGGAUCUUCUGGUGCGAUUCCCAGUUGGAUUACAUCGAGACCGCGAACUACAUGGGAAAGAACAGAGUCAUGGUGCUCAGGGGAUCGCACACCCCUUCCCCGACAAGACUCACGCUCUUCGAGAACAAGAUCUACUGGACGGACAGCACCAAGCAGGCUAUCAUGAGCAUGGACAAGAAUCAGGGAGACUUCUCCUUGCAAACGGUGUAUAAGAUGAGAGACGCGAAGUCGAUCAAGGCUCUGAGUCCGUUGAUUCAGCGAAAAGUUUCGAAUCCUUGCGGGAACAACAAUGGCGGCUGCCAGCACAUGUGCAUCGUGACCGCAGCCAGCGAUCAGGAGAACAGACUGGGUUACAGGUGUGCCUGUGACAUUGGGUGGAGGCUGUCUAGCGACCAAAGGAACUGCAACUUAGUUCAAGAGUUUCUGAUGUACUCUCAGCAGAGGUUCAUCAAAGGUAGAGUAUUGGACCCCGUGAUGGAGGGUUUCAGCGACGCCAUCUUGCCUGUGGUUUCAAGACGAGCCAGAUUCGUCGGAUUGGACUACGACGCCCACGAUCCGUACAUCUAUUAUAGCGACGUCCUCCAGGAUGUGAUCUAUAGGAUUCAUCAGAACGGCACCGGUCGGGAGAUCGUAUUGGCCAGCCAGAACGAAGGUGUGGAGGGCUUGGCGGUCGACUGGGCGGCGAAAAAUCUCUAUUACGUCGACUCACGGAAAGGAACCUUGAACGUCCUCAGUACCCAAAAUGUGACAUACCGACGGACACUGUUGAAAAACUUGAAACGACCCAGAGCGAUAGUGAUCCAUCCCAAUCAUGGUUAUAUUUUCUUCUCCGAAUGGGACCGGCCGGCGAACAUCAGCAGAGCCCAUACAGACGGUUCCAAUCUGAUAGUCUUUAGAAAUCUAACCUUGGGUUGGCCGAACGGCUUGGCCAUCGAUUUCAUCAAGGACAGGCUGUACUGGUGCGACGCCUUGCUGGAUCACGUUCAGCACUCUAACCUAAACGGCACGGAUGUUCGUACAGUGAACUCCAGGCUGAUCAGGCAUCCGUUUUCGUUAGCUAUCCAUGACGAGUGGAUGUACAUCACCGACUGGCGACUGGACGCUAUAAUUCGACUCCACAAAGAGACCGGCGAGCAAGAGUCAAUUCUGGUCCGGGAACCAGCCAGCAAUAGGCUCUACGGGGUGAAAGUGUUCAGCCGCGACAUACAAUCCACACGCCCCGAUCAUCCUUGCUCCAUCAACAACGGUGGCUGCGAGAAACUAUGCUUUGCUGUCCCCUAUAACAACACUAACCGAUACGGAACCGGAAGAUUGACUCGAGUCUGCGGCUGCCCCUAUGGGCAACGUCUUCAGCCGAAUGGUAGGACCUGCGCAUCCGAUCCGGACUCUGAACCGCCCCAGGAGUCCUGCCCAAAUGCCUGGGACUUCACCUGCGCGAAUCAGAGGUGUGUACCGCACACCUGGGUCUGCGACGGCGAGAACGACUGUCUGGACGACAGCGACGAGCAGAAUUGCACCAAACCCACCUGUGGGCCCAACGAGUUUCAGUGUAGAUCCGGUAGAUGCGUGCCGAUGAGCUUCCGUUGCGACUCUGAGAACGAUUGCGGGGAUUAUAGCGACGAGGCUGGGUGCCCAAACGUGACCUGCAGCAGCAACCAGUUCGCCUGCGCGAACAACAGGUGCAUACCGAAUACCUGGAGGUGUGACUCGGAGAACGAUUGCGGGGACAGCUCUGACGAGGGCGAGUUUUGCGUGGCGAAGACAUGCUCCUACUUUCAGUUCACCUGUCCCAGGUCAGGACAUUGCAUCCCGCAGUCCUGGGUCUGCGACGGAGAUAACGACUGCUUCGAUCAGCAGGACGAGAUGGACUGUCCGCCUGUGACUUGUCUGAGCACACAGUUCACGUGUGCCGAUCAGAAAAUGUGCGUUCUUGAUUCGUACAAAUGCGACGGGAUCUCGGAUUGUAAUGACGGUAGCGAUGAGGUAGGCUGUCCCUCGUUGGCGCCCGAUCAGUGUAACACCGACAAGCAAUUCCAGUGUGUCAGCUCGGCUAUAUGUAUACCCAAAAGCUGGUAUUGCGAUGGUACCGCUGAUUGUCCGGAUAAGUCCGACGAACCGGCCCCUUGCGGGCAGAUCGGUUGUCAGCCAGGAUUCUACAAGUGUCGUAACGAGAAAUGCGUGUUCAAAGCGUACAUCUGCGACGGUAAAGAUGAUUGCGGGGAUGGCUCGGACGAGGACACCGAGCUGCAUGCUUGCACGUCGCCCGAGUUCAAGUGCGAGUCCCAGCAAUGGAAGUGUCCGAAUGUAACCGAUAAAUGUGUAAAUGUGACCAGCGUUUGCGACGGGAAGUUCGACUGCCCGAAUGGCGCGGACGAAGGUGCAGGCUGCGACUUCCAGGAGUGCAGGUACAGAGACGGAUUCUGCAGCAACAGUUGCAUCCAGACACCUAUGGGCAAACAGUGCAUCUGUCCGGCUGGGGAGGAGUUGAGUAAGGAUGGGUACACUUGUGAGGAUAUUAACGAAUGCGAUCCACCUGGACGAUGCUCCCAGGUAUGCAUGAACGUGAAAGCGGGCUAUUACUGUAACUGUGUGGAUGGAUACAGCAUGGAGAAGGACAAGCACACCUGCAAGGCGUUCAAUCACAGCGCAGCUUUCCUGAUCAUAUCGAACAGGCACACGAUCCUGGUGGCGGAUCUUCAAGACCAGGCGCUGGAGAGGGUACCGAUUAAUGUGGAAAAUGUUGUUGCAACUGCCAGUAACAUGCACACUGGGACGAUCUUCUGGUCGGAUAUGAAGCUGAAAAAGAUAUCGCGGUUGGACAGGGGGACAGAUCCUGAAGAUGUUAUAUCCACAGGGUUGGACCUGGUGGAAGGUCUUGCUUACGAUUGGAUCGGUCAGAAUCUGUACUGGCUAGACUCGAAGCUGAACACCAUCGAGGUGGCCAAAGAGACCGGCGCUAGUCGAAUGAUAUUGGUGAAGGAGAACAUCACCCAACCGAGAGGCAUGUGUCUGGAUCCUAGUCCAGAGGCAAGAUGGCUGUUCUGGACGGACUGGGGCGAGAAUCCCCGAAUCGAGAGAAUCGGUAUGGACGGCACUAAUAGGUCCACCAUCAUCAGCACCAAGAUUUACUGGCCCAAUGGGCUUGCUCUGGACAUAGCGAACAAGAGGGUCUACUUUGCUGAUAGUAAGCUGGACUUCAUCGACACUUGCCUGUACGAUGGCACCAAGAGGAUUCAAGUAUUGGCCAGCUCCCAUUAUCUUCUGCAUCCUCAUUCCUUGACCCUGUUCGAGGACACCAUGUACUGGACGGACAGGCAACUGAACAGAGUCCUCUCAGCCCACAAGUUCUACGGAGCUAAUCAAACAGUCGUGUCCCACUUGAUAUCCCAGCCUUUGUCCAUUCAUGUCCACCAUCCAGUGCUGCAACCGAUUACACCAAAUCCUUGUGCGAACGCCAACUGUUCCCAUCUGUGUCUCUUGUCGCCCACAACCACCCAAGGCUACAGUUGCAAGUGCCAAGUAGGAUUCAGGCUGCUUCCUAGUGGACAGUGUCUGGAAGAGGAAACGCCGUAUCUGAUGGUGCUACGAGGUUCCCAGAUAGUGGAUAUUUCCCUAGUGCCAGGCAGCACGAAGACAGGCUAUAUAACGCCUGUGGUGGGUGUCGAGGGUGGACGAUUCAUCGACUACGACAGAAGGGAGCGAAUGAUCUACUGGUUGCAGACCAAAGACGACGAUGACGAGAACGGUACAAUCUACACGACACCUUACAGCGGAGGGAACAGAACCGAGUUCCCAAGUCCGUCCGGGGAGAGUGGAAUCGUGGGCGCACCCUCGGCCAUGGCUUUCGAUUGGCUGGGCAGGAACCUGUUCAUAGGCAACAAGUUUGCGUCCAACAUCGAAGCCAUAAAAGUCGAUGGCAAGAUCAGAUACCGGACGAUCGUACUGGCAAACGAUGGCAACAAGACCUCUGUAGCAAAGCCAAAGGCGAUGUGCGUGGAUCCCUUAGAGGGACAUAUAUUCUGGGUGGACGAAGGGAACUUUGGGAUCCCAAUGAAGAUCGGUCGAGUGAACAUGGACGGCACCAAUCCCAUCAUCCUGGUGGACAAUGUCGACAGACCAGAGGCCAUAACGAUAGACAUACCCAGCAAGACGGUUUACUUCAGCUCCUCGUACCCAGCCCUGAUCAUAGCUAUCUCCACCGAUGGCCAAAAUCGUAGGACGAUCGUUUCAGAGAACAUUGCCUUGCCCAAAGCGCUGGCUGUACACGAGUCCAGGCUCUAUCUUCUGGACCCACGAUACGAUAAAAUCGAGAGGGUCGAUCUGCCCGACGGGGGCAAUCCUAUGACAAUAAUCGAUAAUGACUCCGAGCUAAAGACCUUAACCAUUUACAAGAAACGCGUCACUGGUGAUCAUCCCUGUUUCGUGAACAACGGUGGCUGCGAGCAGAUCUGUCUGCCUGCUUCAGGCGGCACCAGAGUUUGCGCCUGCGGUAUGGAGUACAGGAAAGUCAGCGACACCACCUGCGAGCCGUUCAAAACGUUCGCCGUGGUGGCUCAGCUGGACGUGGCCAGAGGAUACAGCAUGAAGGACGCCAAAGAGGCUAUGGUCCCGAUCACUGGGGUUGGUCAUCAUAUACUCCACGUGGACAUCUACUACGCAGGGAACUGGAUCUACUGGGUGGAGUUCAAUAGAGGCAUCUGGAACGGGAUCUUCCGUAUCAGGCCGAAUGGCACCGAGUUGCAACACGUGGUCAAGCAGGGCAUAGGCUCGAAUGGCAUCAGGGGCUUGGCCAUCGACUGGAUAGCUGGUAAUAUCUACUUCACUAAUGUCUUCCCACACGACAAUUACGUGGAGGUGUGCAAAUUGGAUGGCAGCAAUAGAAAAGUCCUUGUGAAGAAGACCACCGAUUCACCCAGGGAAUUGGCCGUGAAUCCCAUCAAACGGUAUCUAUAUUGGAUAGACUAUGGUCAGUACCCGAAAUUGGGUAAGGCUUACCUGGACGGUAGCAACUGGACCCCUAUUGUCACAUCUGGCAUCAGCACACCCAGGGACAUAACCAUUGAUCUUGCCACUCACGAUGUCUAUUGGGUGGACUCGAAACAGGACACCAUUCAGAAGGUUUCGUACACUGGUGGCCAGCGUGAGAUCAUCAGACGGAAUUUACCUAAUCCCAUGGGUGUCGCCAUCUUUGGUAACGAUGUGUACUGGGUGGAUAGAAACUUGGCGACAGUGUUCAAGGCCAGCAAGCGCGCAAACAUCAGCCUGCCUAUAACAGUGAGAUCCAAUUUACCCAAGUUACGGGACAUAGUCAUGUUCGAUCAGAACAGUCAACCAGCCGAUCCCACCAAUCCAUGCUCGCCAAGUGGACACGCUGGCUGUCAGCAGCUCUGUUUCGCCUUGCCCAAGGAGAGCUCGGUCCAGUACAGGUGCGACUGCUCGGUCGGUAAGUUAGCGGCGGAUGGUAAAAGCUGUGAGAAUGUGGACGAGUAUCUGGUGUUCGCCACCAGAACGGAGAUUCGAGCCAUAGGCCUGGAUCCCCAGAACACCAGCGUACCAUUCUCUUCGGUGGGCAAUCUGACCAAUGUGGUUGGCGUGGAUUUCGACUAUCAGGACAAACGGCUGCUGUUCACGCAGAUCAGGCCCUGGGCCAAGAUCGCGUGGAUGCAGGCGGAUAAUCCAUCAGCGUCCGAGAUUCACACGUUGAUCAGCAAAGGAAUCAAUCCCGAGGGGAUCUCGUACGACUGGACCCAGAAAAAGGUCUACUGGACAGACUCACGGAACAACAGCAUCUACGCGAUGGAUAUCGAUGGCUCGAACUUGGUGAUGAUAGCCAGGGUAGACAGGCCCAGAGCUAUCGUCGUUGAUCCUUGCAAUGGAUCCCUAUAUUUCACCGAUUGGGGACAGUUUGGCACCUCGGGCAAGAUCUUCAGAACCACGAUGGCUGGUUCACUGAAGAAAGCCAUCAUCGACAAGGACCUUUCUCAGCCAAGUGGUCUAGCUAUCGACUAUGACGACCGUAUGCUCUACUGGACCGACGCUGUUCGUGAGAAGAUCGAACGUUCCGAGUUGGACGGCAAAAACCGUCAAGUCCUGGUCAGUGCCACCAUAUACCCAUUCGCUAUAACCGUCUUUCGGGAACACAUUUAUUGGACCGACCUCCAGCUGCGAGGCGUCUAUCGCGCCGAGAAGCACACUGGAGCCAACAAGGUGGAGCUGGUCAAGCGAUUAGAGGACUCCCCAAGGGACCUACACAUCUACUCUCCAGCUAGACAGCAGUGCAAAGUGAAUCCUUGCAACAUUUCCAACGGUGGCUGCGAUCAGUCCUGCCAUCCAGGCGUCAAUGGAUCCGUCGAGUGCAAGUGCGACGACAACAGCCGGCUGGUGAACGAAGAUAGAAUGUGUGUGCCCAAGAACGUCACCUGCGACUCCAGCAAGUUCGCCUGCAGAAACGGUCGUUGUAUCUCGAGGAUGUGGGCCUGCGACAGCGACGACGACUGCGGGGACGGUUCCGACGAGGACACCAACUACUGUUCCCACCAUUCCUGCAGUCCCAAUGAGUUCAGGUGCAACAACGGUAGAUGCAUCUUCAAGACCUGGAAAUGCGAUCACGAGAACGACUGUCGUGACGGUAGCGACGAAGAGGGUUGCGUCUAUCCCCCGUGCGCUCAGGGCGAGUUCACAUGUGCCAAUCAUCGUUGCAUCUCCCAGCACCUGGUCUGCAACGGGAUCAACGACUGCAAGGACAACGUCACCUCGGACGAGACCCACGAACGCUGUCCCAUGAACACCACGUGUCCCCCUAAUCACCUGAAAUGCGAGAAAACCAAUAUCUGCGUGGAACCGUACUGGCUUUGUGACGGUGACAACGACUGUGGGGAUAACAGCGAUGAGAAUCCUGUGCACUGCGCCCAGAGGACCUGCCCACAGAACAGCUUCAGGUGUCCAAAUCACAGAUGCAUCCCAGCCACUUGGUACUGCGAUGGGGAUGAUGACUGUCUUGAUGGCAGCGACGAGCCACCAGGCUACUGCCAGAGUGAAGGUAGAACCUGCUUCGGGGAUCUGUUCACCUGUGACAAUGGGAACUGCAUACCCAGGAUCUACAUCUGCGAUGGGGACAACGACUGCCUGGACAGCUCCGAUGAGGAUGAGAGGCAUCAGUGCAAUGACAGAAAGUGUGAUGAGGAGACAGAGUUCACUUGUACAGCGAACAAACUCUGGAACAGGGCACAAUGCAUACCCAAGAAGUGGCUCUGCGAUGGGGACCCAGAUUGCGUCGAUGGGGCUGAUGAGAAUGUGACCUUGCAUCAUUGCCCAGCCCCCACUCCCUGCGCUGAGAAUCAAUUCACCUGCGAUAAUGGACGUUGUCUGAACCAGAACUGGCUUUGCGAUCAUGACAACGAUUGCGGAGACGGUAGCGAUGAAGGGAAGUUCUGCAACUCUAGGUACAAGCCCUGCACCAGCCAGGAGUUCGCCUGUCAUAACUUCAAGUGCAUCAGAAAACAGUUCCGUUGCGACGGACAGGAUGACUGUGGCGAUCACUCGGAUGAGGAUGGAUGUCGUAAGUGGAUGAAGAACACCACCUGUCCAAAUCCAGGGGAAUUUAUGUGCGCGAAUGGGAACUGCAUUGACCAACGUUUGGUCUGCAACAAAGAGCCUGACUGCGCUGACGAGAGCGACGAACCGGCUCACUGCAAUGUGGACGAGUGCGCGCGGGUCGAGGUGAACCAAUGUGGACACAAGUGUGUGGACACGCCGACCGGUUACUACUGCGAAUGUAACCCAGGUUACAGACUGUUGGCAGACGGGAAAGCUUGCGAAGACAUAGACGAGUGUGUGGAGACACCGCAGGUCUGUAGCCAACAGUGCGAGAACACGCCUGGUAGCUUCUACUGCAAAUGCAACGAGUAUUGGUACGACCGUGCAGCUGACGAGCGCACUUGCAAAAGGCGUGACAACAUCAAGCCCUGGAUCAUCUUCACCAACAAGUAUUACGUCAGGAACAUGUCCAUCGACGCCUCGAAUUACAGCCUGAUGCACCAGGAUCUGAUCAAUGUGGUCGCCCUGGAUGCGGAUUACUCUGAACAGAUGCUGUAUUUCUGUGACGUUACCGCCAAGACCAUAUUCAGGGCUCCCAUUGCUGGUGGGGACAAAGAACCGAUAAUCAGACACGACAGCCUUGGGUUGGAGGGAAUAGCUGUUGAUUGGGUAGGAAGGAAAUUAUACUGGUUGGACCGACAUGCCAAACAUUUGGACGUCGCUGAACUGAAUGGAACUAAUAGGAAGACUCUACUGACCGGUGUAGCAGACCCACGAGCUAUUGUUGUACACCCUGGAACUGGAUACUUGUACUUCACUUCUUGGUAUCUGCAGGCGUACAUAGGUAAGGUGGGAAUGGACGGUAGCAACUUCACAAGGAUCCUUACCUGGGAGGACGAUAUUGCCUGGCCAAAUGCUUUGACCAUCGACUACUUCACCGACAAGAUAUUCUGGGCGGAUGCUCAUCUGGAUUACAUAGCAUUCGCUGAUCUGGAGGGUCAUAACAGAAGGAAGGUCCUUACGGGAGCUGCUGUUCCACACGUUUUCGCCAUUACUGUCUUCGACGACUUCAUCUUCUGGACCGACUGGAACUUGAAGGCUAUCCAGAGAGCUGAGAAAUUCUCUGGAGCCAAUAUUCGAACGUUACGCAACACCACUCACAGACCAUACGAUAUCCACGCGUAUCAUCCCCUGCGACAGUUACCCUACAAUAACCCAUGCAUGGAGAACAAUGGCGGUUGCUCGCAUCUCUGUCUUAUCUCACCACCUGCGAGCUCCUAUCUGUUGGAGGGAUACGGCCAACCAGGCGUGACAUCGUACAAAUGUAAAUGUCCGAAUCAAUUUGUGCUGGAGAAAGACGGCAAGACCUGCAGAGCCAAUUGCACCGGUGGCCAGCACCGUUGCGGCCCCCCUGACGAGAAAUGCAUACCCUGGUAUUGGAAAUGCGAUGGCGAAAAGGAUUGCAAAGAUGGUUCCGACGAGCCAACAAGUUGCCCCUCACGAGUGUGCCGUCCCAGCGUCUUCCAGUGCGCGAAUGGCAACUGCAGACCCACCGUGGCGGUGUGCGACGGCGCAGACGAUUGCGGUGACAAGAGCGACGAAGCCAACUGUUCGUUGGAGUGUGGUGAACUGGAGUUCAAAUGCAAGUCCAAUGGACGCUGCAUCCACGAGUCUUGGAAGUGUGACGGUGAUGUCGACUGCAAGGACGGUAGCGAUGAGGAUCCAGCUAUUUGCCACAACCGGACGUGCGAUCCAAACACGGAAUUCACCUGUAAGAACGGCAGAUGCAUCCAGAAGGUAUGGAUGUGCGACUCAGACAACGACUGCGGCGACGACAGUGACGAGCCAGCGUACAUGUGUCGUCAGAAGAACUGCACCACCGGUUGGCAACGGUGUCCAGGUCACGCCAACUACCGUUGCAUCCCCAAAUGGUUGUUCUGCGACGGAAAGGACGAUUGUCGUGAUGGUUCUGACGAGCUACCCGAGAACUGCUUGAAAUGCGACCCCAAAAUGGACUUCAAAUGCGCGAAUAACAGGUGCGUGCCGAAACAAUGGCUCUGCGAUUUCGCCGACGACUGUGGGGACGGCAGCGACGAGGCCGAGGCGAUGUGCAAGGACCGUUACAGAGAGUGCUCUGAGUCUGAAUUCCGUUGUGACAAUGGGAAAUGCAUUGCCUCUAGAUGGAGGUGCGACAGCGAGGAUGAUUGUGGUGAUAACAGCGAUGAGAAUGGAUGUCAGAAAUUCGUGUGCAAGGAUUAUACAUUCCAAUGCGCAAGUGGUCACUGUAUAGCUUCUUAUCUGAGGUGCGAUGGAACCAGGGAUUGCAGGGACAUGAGUGAUGAGAUUGGAUGUCCUCCACGGUAUCCAGGUGGCAGGUACUGUCCACCGUCGAGAUUCCAGUGCGACAACAACCUCUGUGCCUAUCUGACUGAUAUAUGCGACGGAAGUGAUGACUGUGGCGAUGGGUCUGAUGAGAAUCCGGAAAUGUGUGAGAACUUCAAAUGCGACACAGCAAGAAGGUUCCAGUGUGCCAAUCACAAGUGUAUCGCCAAGUAUCAAUUGUGUGAUGGUAUCGACAAUUGUGGGGAUGGGUCUGAUGAGAAUAACAUGACGAUGUGUGCGUUCAGAGUUAGACCUUGCGACCCCAUAGCCGAGUACACUUGCGCCAAUAAGAAGUGUGUUGAACGGUCUAAGCUUUGCGACUUAUCUGACGAUUGCGGGGACUCCUCCGACGAGCUUGGUUGUCAUCACAAUAAACAUUGCCUGGACAGCAACAAAGGCGGCUGCUCCCAUUACUGUCACAAUAUCACCGACGGUGGUUACAUUUGCGCCUGUUACCCCGGUUACAUAAUAGCACAGGACAAUAAAAAGAAUUGCGAGGACAUCGACGAGUGCUCCACUGGCCAGCACCAGUGUUCCCAGAUCUGUACGAACCUGAACGGCACUUACGCUUGCUCGUGCAGACAGGGCUUCGAACUAUCCGACAGCCAUAGCGGUGUCUGCAAAGCAUUGGACUCCGAGGCGAUGAUACUGUUCGCGAACGGGCCAGAGAUCAGGGCCUACGAGCUUCACAAGAGGGACGAGCUUGAGGUGAUCGCCAACGAGAAAAGGGUACAGGCCGUGGACUUUGACCCCAGAGCGGAAUACGUGUUCUGGAUAGACAGCCACGACAAUACAAUCAAGAGAUCUUACAUGGUGAACGCAAAGGGUGGACAGGCGAAAAUUGGAUACGCGCAGGAUCUUAACAUAAAAAGCGAUUCCACGCCCACCAGUUUGUCGGUGGACUGGAUUUCUGGGAAUCUUUACUGGACCGAGAUCGACUCCUCCGGAGCGACGCCGUUCGGUCGAGUAAUGGUCUCGAAAUCGGACGGCAGGUAUCGUCGAAGUUUGGUCACGGUGGGCUUAGAGAUUCCAACCUCUAUCGUGCUGGACCCUGAGCUGGGCAAGACGAUAUGGUCGGACGCUGGUAGCCAGCCGAAGAUCGAGAUCGCCUGGAUGGACGGCGACAGACGGAAACAACUGGUCACCGAUCGAAUCGCUCAUCCCACUGCGCUUGCCAUCGAUUACUCCAUGAAUCAUGUUGUUUAUUGGGCUGACGGCAAGCUCAACACCAUAGAGUCCAUUUCACAGGAUGGCACAAACAGGAAGGUGAUACUAAAGGGUGACACUCUGAAGCAUCCAGUGUCGUUGGACGUUUUCGAAAGUAGUCUCUAUUGGACAACCAGGCGGACCGGCGAACUGAUCAAGCAAGACAAGUUCGGCAGAGGCGUGCCGCAGACUAUCGUCAACGACCUGCUAGCACCCGGUGGUGUCCGAGUCUACCAUCAGCUGAGAUACAAUACAACCCUGAGGAAUCUCUGCCACGACGAUCAAUGCACGCAUCUCUGUGUACCGAUCCCCGGUGGGAAUCGAUGCCUCUGUUCGGACAGUAUCGGUCCACUUCAACAGACAGACUCUAUGCGAACGAACGAGCGGCAUUGCGACGCGACGAACGAGAGACCGUUACCUGCGCCAAGGAUCUGUCCCUGUAGAAACGGUGGUCUCUGUCAGGAGGUCGAGGACAGUAAAUUACAAUGCGCCUGUCCGCCGUACUACUACGGUGAAUUCUGCGAAGUGGGUUUGGUGGCAGCUAGGUCGAGCAACGCCACUGCUGCCAUCGUUAUUCCUAUUGUCAUUUCCGUAUUGGUCCUUCUCGGAGCUGCCGCCGUUAUCAUGGUGCUCAAGAAACGGCCGUUUGGUAAGCCUGGUGGGCUUGGCAGCUUAACCGGUGCUCAGAGUGUGUCCUUCAGACAGGGUAGCAAUGUCGAGUUUGGUGUUCCAGCUCAUGAAAGAAUGGAACCAUUGGAUGUAGAGUAUAACCUUGGUGACGUAAGCAACAAGAACAGAGAUUUCAGUAAUCCUAUGUACGAUGCGGUGAACACUGAGACAACAGGCGCCACCAAUGGUACAGGAGCGAGUAAUAUGUACGAGUUACCAGCUGAGAUGAAACCAUCCAGUAUCCAGCAUAAAGAACCGCCGCAGUUGCACCUGAAGAGGAGGGAACUCGACCCCACGCCCGUCGACUCGGGGAAGGACACGCAGCAGUUGGUUGAGGAAGACAAGUCCGAAUGUUAGAUAGUUUAACUCUUUUGCGCAGUGACGUAGUUGGAAGUUCGACGGGGAGAGGGAUCGAUUCUGCAGAAGUCCAACACGACAGGGAAACCCCCUCGACUGUCUGAGAAAUGUGUUGCAAUUGUUACAUUGUUCUUAUC